UCUUCCACUCACGAGCCGUGCGUGUGUCUUCACCUGUGAGUCUCACCUGGAGCAGUGAGACAUGUCCGUGCUCCUCGCGGAUUGUCUGUUUUACUGCGCGCCAUGAACGUCACACGGGGUUUGCUGACGGUUCUGAGUCUGCUGUGCCGCGCCGAAUCCGGCUGCUCACCGACCUCUUACUACGGUAACUGCUGGAUCAGACGCAUUCCGGGGAUUUUUAUCGACAUUGAGGAGUCUCAGAGGAGAGGAGCUCAGCUCCUGAAGCUCUACCAGGAGGAGAGCGCGCUGAAAUGCAGCCGCGCCUGCUGCCUCACCAGGAACUUUUCCUGUCAUUUGGCAGUUUUUCACUAUGAUAUGACUCAGGAAAGUGUGAACUGUUUCCAUCUGCGCUGUCCCACAGUGGAGAGCUGCUUUGUGAGGCUCGGAGGAAAUGUUGUUCUUUACAACAUCACCAAGGGUGUGGAUCCGGACCUGUUGGUGUUUGAAAAACACUUCACGUCGAACGUGCGCGUGUUACCUCAUCACUUCAGUCGAGUCAACGGAUCGGAGACACUGACCUCAGACAAGCGGCAGUUCAAUCAUCCGCCACCACCUGCUGCCCCGCCGUUAACCUCAGCAACCACAUUAAAAAGCUCCACCGCAGCACCCCUGGUGUUCAGCAAUCCUGCCACCUCACGACAAACCACGCACCCACCUACAACAGUUUCCACUAAUACAACAUCCAGGACAUCCUCUAUAACUAUGCCUUAUGCACUGACAACUGCUCUGGAGACCAUCUCCACCUCCACAAUGCCUCCUACAUCCACCGCCGAAGCCUUCACAUCCGCUCUUGAGACAACAGCGAAUGCGCAGCCUUCUUCAUCUACCCCUACUCAGCGUCACACCUCCGCCAUCUCCUCGUUAGCAAGCAGCCCUCCGACAUCCGUGAGACAUAUGGCUAACACAGAGAACAGCAAACCCCUGGCAAACAUAACCCAAAGUGCAGGGAGCGAGGUCCAGGGUCCCAGUGGAGAAGACACCCUCGGGAUCAUGGGCCCGGGGUGGCAUGUGGCCGCGCACACCCUGCUGGUUGCAGUGGCCACGUGCAUCACGGUGCUGUUGAUCUGCUGCUGCUCUGUUCUGCUCGUGGUGAGCUGGAGGGGACAGAGGAAGAGGAUGGGGCGCUACCGUACAUCAUGGCGAGCAAAGAGUGGGUCAACACGUCUGAUAAAGUAUGUCCUUGUGAGAGAAAGCUCCUGAAAGUAAAUGUAGAAGGCCGAC